AUGAAUAAAACUUGCGCAAGGUGCGAGAAAACAGUAUAUCCUACAGAGGAACUGAAAUGUUUGGACAAGGUGUGGCACAAAGGUUGCUUCAAAUGCCAAGAGUGCGGAAUGACACUCAACAUGCGUACCUACAAGGGGUACGGCAAGCUGCCUUACUGCGAAGCACACGUCCCGAAGGCGAAGCACACGACGAUGGCGGAGACACCGGAACUGAAGCGGAUAGCGGAGAACACGAAAAUACAGAGCAACGUCAAGUACCACGCCGACUUCGAGAGGAGCAAGGGCAAGUUCACACAGGUGGCCGACGAUCCUGAAACCCUGAGGAUCAAAGCGAACACGAAGAUCAUCAGCAACGUGGCGUACCACGGGGACCUCGCGAAGAAGGCCGCAAUGGAGAAGCAGCGUCAGAUAAACGAGAAUGGAGAACUAGUCGACGUCGCCACCAACGACAACUACCACCAGCAAAUCGACAACUACACCACCGAUCCGGUACCGAACCCGGUGCCCCACCUGCCGCCGAAGAACCACUACCAGACGCCCGCGCCGACACCCCAGCCCCAGGCCCAGCAGCCGGCGCCGACGCGGCCGUACCAGGAGUACAGGCAGUACGACGACCCGUACCAGUACGCGAAGUACGACGAGUACCAGAGCCAGUACGCGUACCAGAACAACUACGGCGCUAACAGCCAGCCCAAGAUCGGCCGGAUCCAGGACUACGACCCCCUAAGCGAUGGGCCAAGGGCGCCCCCGAAUGUGCAGCACGCGUCCGCCACCCUCAUAUACAAUAGCACGAGAGACGCCAAGCAGAGAGGUGCGAACCAGGUCCAGCAGCAGAGCAGGCAGAUCGGCCGCGUCACCGACCUGGACCCCCUCGCGGCCGAACAGCCCCGGCAAAGCAACAACCACCACCAAACCAAUCAGCGGGUGUACAUCGCCAUGUACGACUACGAAGCGAACGACAGUGACGAAGUGUCGUUCCGCGAGGGCGACUACAUCUCGAACGUGACGUCGAUCGACGAGGGCUGGAUGACGGGCGAGGUGCUGCGCACCGGCCGCACCGGGAUGCUCCCCGCCAACUACGUGGAGCUGGCGCCGGCGCCCCCUCACCACUACGCCAAC